AGAGUUGAGCCGGCAACUCCUCAGUUGGAUUUUAGAACAUCGAACGGGCGGGCGUGUGUAGGAUGGAUCGCUAACGACACCAGUAGUUUUUUUUCAUUCCGCCUUCUAGCAGUGUUUGUUUAUUACCUUCAGGCACACUUUCCGUAAAUCCUUCUCGACGGUGGUGCUUAUAAUUUCUUUAGUUUUAGCGUUUUAGGUUUUUAUCUUGUCUUAAAGCGCCGUUCCGAUUUCACGUCGAGAAGGCAGCCGCACAAGUUUGAAAGCGGCUUUUUGAGAGUAGUAACACCUACUCGUAAUUUUGUUAUCAUUUAACAACACGUCAGGCAACAAAUCAAAAUGGUGAAGAAGAUAUCAGAAGAAAGUGUAGACAGCGGCGUCGGCCGCGGCAGUAGUCAGUCAGGGAGUGAGCGAGAAACAGACGAGAUUCCACGCGGGCCGGAGGCGUCCGCGCCGGUGCCCAUCCCCGACAGCGAGGACCUGCAGCGGCGCAAGGAAGAGGCGCGUAGGAAACGUCGCAGGAAGAAGCGCUCCGGCAGCUCGGUGGUCACGUCAUGUUUCCAAGACCUUUACAAGCUCACGGGCGAGGUUCUGGGCGAAGGGGCAUACGCCUCGGUUCAGACGUGUGUCAACAUAUACACGGGGCAGGAGUUCGCUGUGAAGAUCAUCGACAAAGUACCGGGGCACGCCCGCGCCCGGGUCUUCCGCGAAGUGGAAACCUUCCACUAUUGCCAAGGACACCCAAACAUAAUCCAGCUCAUUGAAUUCUUUGAGGACACGGACAAGUUUUAUCUUGUCUUCGAGAAGAUCAACGGCGGUCAACUCCUGUCGCGAAUACAGGAGCAUCAUUACUUCUCAGAGCCGCAAGCGGCGGAGAUUGUACGCGAGAUAGCGAACGCAUUACACUUCCUCCACGGCAAAGGCGUGGCUCACCGCGACCUGAAGCCCGAGAACAUUCUAUGCGUUAACCGCGACAGUCUCUGCCCAGUCAAAAUUUGUGACUUUGAUCUUGGGAGUGGGAUCAGUUUUACUUCGAGUCUCGCGAGCCCACUGGCGACUCCUCAACUUAUGACGCCGGUGGGCAGUGCGGAAUUCAUGGCGCCGGAAGUGGUUUCUCUUUUCGCGGGUUCGGCUGCGACGCAUUACGACAAGCGCUGCGACCUGUGGUCGCUGGGCGUGAUCGCGUACAUCCUGCUGUGCGGCUACCCGCCCUUCCGCGCCGACUGCGGCUCCGACUGCGGCUGGGAGCGCGGCGACAACUGCCGCGCUUGCCAGGACCUGCUCUUCACUUCCAUUCAGGAAGGGCGAUACUCAUUCCCGGAGGAGGAGUGGUCGCACAUAUCGCGCGAGGCGAAGGACCUGAUCGCGCAGCUGCUGGUGCGCGAGGCGUCGCACCGGCUGAGCGCGGAGCGGGUGCUGCAGCACGCGUGGCUGCGGCGCGCCGACCCCGCCGCGCUCUACCCGCCGCUGCACACGCCGCAUAACAUCAAACGCAAUAUGUCGGCCCGCAACCUGUCCAACUUCGCGGAGUCGGCGAUGGCCGUGAACCGAGUGAUCCAGCAGCACUUCUCCAUGAACUACUCGUAUAUGGAGCGGCCGCCGACGGCGCUGCGCAGCAGCAAGUCCUGCCAGCCGAGCCCCGACGGCAUCCUGGAGGACGAGCUGGAGCGCGCGGGCGUGGCGCUGCAGGCCAUGGCGGUGUGCGAGCGCCGCUGCGGCGACGACUUCUGCCCGCCCUUCGGCCUGUCGCCGCCCACCGAGUCGCAGCUGCUGCGUCGGCGCCUGCAGCACACCGACGAGCCUCUCCCCGUGCACUAGCCGCCCCCCGACCUCCGAAACCGAUUAGAACUUAUCGAUUGUAACAUUUCAAACGAACACUCAUGAGUCGCGCUAGUGAUCACGAUAGCGAGGGAGAGAAUUCGGACAUUUUGCGAUAGUGUGUUACUGGUGCCCUAGACACCCGCCGAUUUGCGAGUCAACAUUGUGCGGCUGUGCUCACUGCGGCCUCUGCUGUGUCGGACCAGGCGAUCUUCAUCUUUAUUUUUCGCGUGUGACAGUGUAUCCCGCUCGAGUGCGCGCCGUUCCGAGCGGUCAGUCGCACGCACACCCAGUUGUAUAGUUAGUGAUAAGGGCUGCGGACACGGCCGGCCCGUCACAUUCCACCGAGCGCCACAGUACAAGGACUGGAGCCACCUCGACGCGUUAGUGUUGCGAGGUCGAGUGUUGUUUAUGGUUGCAGCGAAAAAUGGUCAACAUCGGCUAGAGACUGUGCCAAUGGAUACUAAUACCUCCAGUAAUAGAUCCGAUCGCAAUAAUACUGUGAACGGUACUUAGAGCUGUAACAGUUUUAUUUGAGCCUUUUCAAGAUAUAUUUUUAUGAAUAAAUAAAAACGACUGAAUAGUUUUUAUCGAUAUGUAGAGUAUUUGUGAGUUUAUGUUGAGGCGGUCACGCCGAGACCGAGACCGGUCGAUAAAAUCGUAUUAUAUUGAGAUAGUUGUGCUGAUCUACAUACUUUAUUACAGAUUACAGAAUAAAUAUUAUUUUGGAUUUAUAAAAUCCGAUGUUUUAAAUUGAGCUUAUUAUAUUGUGUGAUUGCCUUUUGUUCGUGACCUAUCCUUUGCAAUAAAAUUUGUUACUUUCGAUAGAGUUUCGGAUACUAGUCUGUUUAUGUGAUUGUUUCUGCAUUUUUUUGCACCAACUGGAAAACCACAUCUCAUUAAUUAAGAAUGAAUCAAGUUAAGAUUUAUAUGAAAGUUAAGGACAGUAUGUGACAUUUUCGCUGAGAGGUUCAAGUGUAAGUAUGUUUAUGCGCAUAAUUACAAACUAAGAAUUAAAUUCGCUUUGUAUUGUCUUACGUCUAAAGGGCACUCGUGAACUGAUUGUAUGAAAUGUCAUAUAUUUUUGACCUGAACUGUGUUGGUUAAGUGUUGCAUGGGGUUCCAUGGAACUGCCAUAAAAUUGUGAUCAGUUUGAAUACUUUUAUAUUGCUGAAGAAUGAAGUGUUAUAAUAAUGUUAAGUGUAGACUUGCUAGACUGUAACCCUGCGUACACGUUGAUUGGAAAAGGUACACGCAGCGCCACCCCUAAUGUUUUUUUUUUUCACAAAUUUUAUAUUCUACUUCCAUAUUAAUUACAAAAUCUAACUUAUUUUUUAUAUACCCGGUGGCUUUAUCCAAUCAAUCCUAAACUUACGCAGUACUUUGUUAAAAUUUUGUUUUCAACUUAAUUAUUGAUUUGAACUGUCAUUUGAAAUACAGAUGUUUGAAUUUUCAA